GCACACUCACUGCUUGGGGCCCAGUUAGUGGUUGCAACUUGCAAGCCCAAACGAAAGCCUCCGGAUCAAUGAGUGGGUCUCCGAUUCGUGACCCUUGUGUCGUUAAAUUCCUUCCCGCCACGACACGUCUCUUGUAUUUCCAAGUCGUGACUUAACGCCGUUACUGAACCUCCACUCCGAACCACAGGCCCAGCCCGGUGAACGCGCGGUAUUCGAACAACUUCCCGUCGCUUCGUUCCUCUUUUCCUCACUCGUUGGUUGCAGAUACAUUUGAAAUCGGGGAAGAAGAAAAUGGGGGUGGAGAUCGACGGUCCUAUGGAAGAGUCGAUGAUGGAGAGCCUCGUCUCCGAGAGGAUCGGCGGCCAGGAUUCGUUGUCCGAUGACGGCAAACCGAAUUCUCCGACUCCGGUCAAAACCCGGAUCUAUAGGAUGUUUGGCAGAGAGCGAACGGUCCACAAGGUUUGUUCUCUGAUGGAAUUUUGUUUUCCCUGCUUCACUUAUCUCUCUCGGUGCAUAUCAGAUUCCUCAUUUCCUUGUCUCCAAACCGUUUCUGCAUUCAUAGUGGAUCUCAACUGUGCCUUUGCAGUUUUAAGGAGACUCGCACUUGAGAGAGACCUGAAAAUGUUUCUAAUGGUAGUGGCUGGAUUAUGGCUUGUAUCAAUCAUCGGCAACUGGUUCAGCUUCUUGUCGUUGGUUUACUUCUGUUUUGUUCGAGUCCACACCGUGCCGAAGCUGUACGAGAAGUACGAAGAUGAUAUCGAUCCAAUCGCAGAGAAGGCUGUGAUUGAGAUUGAGAAGCGGUACCAAAGUUUUUGAAGCCAAGGUUUUGAGUAAGAUGCCCUUUUUCCACAUCUCAAAAUCGAAAUUAAAUUAGAUAUGAUCAAGCCUAAGUUAGUUUAUCCCAAUUUUUGGUCUCAAUUGUUUCGAUUUCUUCAUUAUGUAUUGGUCUGGAGCUUUACCCUUGUUGAGUUCAGGUCGAUUAGUUACUUUCUGACCGCGAAAUCUAAUGCUUGUUUGG